AUGCGCAGAUGCUUUGAGCAGCUUCCAUCUAGAAGUCAGUUGUGCAGCCAUCCAAUUGCUCCGCCUCUGUCGUUCUUCAGGGCUGGACAGAGUCAGAAGCUCUUCGUCCCAAAGCUUCCGUUUCAGAUACAACUUCUGCCUACCACUCAAAGAUCACUAUCAUACUCCUCCCUCCGACACCUCCGUAAAGAUGCCCCAAGCCCUCCCUUCCAGGGUGUCGCUUCCACAGGGGUCAAAAAUGCAAGUGAGAGAAAAGAUGGACGAAAGAAUCAUAUCCAUGCAGCGGAGCUUUCGCAGAAAAGCCCGGAGGAUUGGGUGGCCGAGCUGGAUACCUUUCUCCCAAGAAGCUUGAGUCGGUCGGAUGAACUUGGAUCUCGAACCGUCAUCCCAGUAGAGGUGGUUGCGAAGGAUGUGCUUCGGAUUCUUACGGAUACUCGUGACCAGAGAAAUGUGGAUAUUCUGGGCUUCAUGACGCUCAACCAACGCCGAUACAAAGCCGUCAUUCACCUUGUUGAAAUCUUGCUGAAGGCUGUUGCCCUAGCAGUUAAUGAGCCCUUCGAAGACGAGCUGCCUUCCAACAUAAAUUGGCCAGAUGGGUCGUUUGCGAAGCGAAAUGGCGCCCCAAUUGAGCUCGACCGUACUUUGCACGUCAGUCGACGACCUGUUGCUACUUCUCUCAAUUCCUUCGACUGCACUCUACCGGAAAAGAAUCACGAGAUUACCAUGGAGUUCGUCUGGUCUCUCCUGGCCGACCUCGUUUUAGCGUCUACCAACCGACUCUCGGAUGAAGGGAAGCAGAUCAUGAAUACAGUCCACCAGAUCUUGGCGCUCAUUCACAAUUUGGGGCUCGUGCCAGCGAAUAUCUACACUUACUGCCUCCCACAAGGCACAACGACGAUUCAACACUCGCCGAUUCUUCAUCUACUGAACUCGAGGAUUUUGUCAACCCUCUCAGACGCUGUUUGGCAUGCCUACCAGGAUGAUGUUUUUGCGCGUUCUGGGAAAACGGAGAGCAGUCCCUGGAAUAUCUUCCGAGAGCCGCCGCCGAGUCGUUUGCGACCUAGAAAGCCAGAGCUUGGACCGGAAGUGUGGCUGGAAUUCAUCCUCUGGUGCUGCGUCGAGGCUGGAUUUGCCGCGACCGGAGCUCGAAUUGUCCAAUCAUUGCAGAAAGACGUUCAAGGGCGUUGGCAGGCUAUUCACUGGCCCGACGAUCGAGUCCCCUCAAUUGAUUGGGACCAGCGGACCCGCAAAGGCCGUCUGGAGAGUGACGCAGAAGCCUGUCACAGGCAACAACUUUCCGAAGUCAAUCCCCAGAAAUUCAUAAGUGCUGAAGUCAUUCUAGCCAUCGCUGACAGCCUGAUUAACAAAGCCAAUCUGGGCGUUUCAGACGAUGAUCUGCCCAUCAUGAACAUCCAAAAUGAAAUAAUGGAGCUGAUCUCAUUUGCGGGACUACAUGGUCUGGCACCGGCAUAUUUCGACUACCUGGCUGUCCGUCUUCUAGAGACUGGAAAUCUGUAUAACCUGGGCAAGGCCGACUCUUUGCGAAAUUGGGCGUCUAUUAUAUCGCAGCUUCGGAGUAUGCAUGGUGUGGAGGAAGAGCAUCGCCAAAGUCCAGAGCUUGACUUCGACUCCAUUCUCGGUAAUUCGGAACUGCAUGCUGGGAUUCUUCAUCAGGCUCUGCAGGCCUGCAUUGAAGCGAAUCUUGUCAAAAAGGCUGUCGACACAUUCACAGAAAUUCAGAAGAUAGUCGACGGUAACAAGCUCGAAGCUAUCGGGGAGUUUUUGUCUCUUUCACUCAAUCCAGAAGAUAACUUCUCUGCUUCUAGACAUGGCAAAGGUCGGGGUGAAUUCCUCAAUUCCUACGGACAGCUUCCUAUCUACAGGUUACAUCCAUUCCUCGAUCUAGUGAGCAAUGCGAAGUUAUUUGGCUUAGGAGAUUGGCUUCUAUUCUCGGAGGAUGUUGACGGCCCCGUCUUGCCUUCGUCCACCUGGGGAAAACCGUCUGUUACCGCUGCAGUAGUUCGCUACGCGUCAGCUAAGAAUGACCCUCUUUUAGCCAAACAUAUCUACAAUAUGAUCAGACGCUCGGACAGAAAGCCGACCGUAAACGUCCUCAGAGCUUUGGUGGUUUAUCACAUCAACGCGCGGGACUGGACAAAAGCUACCCUGCUUCUCCUGGAUCUACGUCGCGCCGAAGGCGGCGGAUACAGUCCUCAAAUCGUCGCGAGUCUCGCAGCUAAGAUUUUGAGCUUGGAAGUGGACGUGGCGGUCAUGCCGCGAGAAGAUGCUGAGUUCGAUCUUUCACAAGCAAUGUUGCUGUUCUCUAAUAUUCUCGAUGGGGUUUAUGACUCUCCGCCAGCGAGCUUCAGAGUCGACCAAAAGAAGACCUUCAGACAACAAGUGGGAUAUCUCUUGCGUGUCUUGGAAAACGUAUUGGACAGCAAACUGGCGGACAUAGCCACUCGGUUCAAACAGAGAUUCCCCGUCAGUAACAAGCCAAACCUUGCGAAGGACACGUUCAAUGUUCUGUUCGCUGCAAUUGUCGAGAACAAGGGUGUCCUAGAGGGGCGCAGCAUCUGGUAUCUCUUUUGCAAAGACCCGAGAGAUUGUGCCGCCUCGCCACGUGUCCUAGACAAUGACAGUGACGCUGCAUCUGAAGAACGCGCCACAGACAAGGACGAAGACGACUUCCUCCACGGACAAGUAAAUGAUGUACUCAUCGACCUGGUUGGUGUUAGCGGACAUGAUGGAGAUCGUUUCAGCUCAAAAAUGAGUUUGCUUGAGUUGCCUCAAAGCUCCGAUAAAGCCGUCCCACACGCAAAUGCCCAAACUCCUCUUGCCCACCCGGCAUCACUCAGCAUAGAUGCCACGUUGCCACAAGAUAAGCUUGGCUUUGCCGGCAAGCAAUUUUGCACCAACUCCGACGAGGAAAGCAAAGACGCGGGCAUUCCCAUCGAGAGAAUGGGUUUAGAAUUUAAUUCAACACAGCCGCAUCUAGAUCCGAUUAUUGUUCCCGACAUGCGCACCUUACAGAUCCUUGUGAGAGGGGCUUUGGCUGAGAUACAAGCCAGAAAAGAGCGUCGGAGAGGUCAUGCCGAUCUCGAUGCUGUCGUCAAAUGGGCAGAACAGUUCUAUGAAGCAUUCAACUUGGCGCGCGAAGAUGUUGAAACAGAAUUUCGUGUUUCCCCCGCCUUACCAAGGAAAAUGAAAAUCGCCACGCAGCAUCGUCGAGCAGUAUAUGGGAGGUCAUCGCGAGAGAAAUUCAAACCUAAUGUGGCCAAGCACUUCACCAAGGGAGUCUUCAUUCCUAGACGUCCUGGCACUCAACAAUCAGGACAGGAUCCAACCCAGGUCAAUGGCGUCAAUAACAUAGCAGAGGAUGCCACGAACAACACCGAGCAGGAACGGCGCGCAGAUGAAGGUAUGCCUGUCAAGCUCGCGUCUUCACCGAAUUUCAAGGUCCGGAAAUUUGCAUCUGCACAUGCGUGA